AUGGGAAAGAAGCGACGAGGACCGACGCUCGAAGAGCUUCUGGCUCGCCCGUGGUGCUAUUACUGCGAGCGCGACUUUGAAGAUCUCAAGAUUCUCAUAUCGCAUCAGAAGGCAAAGCACUUUAAAUGUGAACGAUGCGGAAGAAGGCUAAAUACGGCAGGAGGACUUUCGGUGCACAUGAGCCAAGUCCACAAGGAACAACUUUCCGCUGUCGACAAUGCGCUUCCCAACCGGUCGGGUUUGGACGUUGAGAUCUUCGGUAUGGAGGGUGUUCCCGAGGACAUCAUCCAGAGCCAUAACCAGCGCGUCUUGACGCAGUUCCAGCAGGCGGAGGCGGAACGGCAGGCUGUGACGGGGAACCCGCCGCCGGGAACGGGAACAGGCCAGCCGUCGGCGAAGAAACCGAAGGUGGAGAGUGUAUCGGAGAUGAAGAAGCGUUUGGCGGAGCAUAGGGCGAAACGGGCAGAGGCUAUAAACGGGAGUAGUGCUGAAGGCACACCGGUUGGGGCUGGGCAAACGCCUACUACGGGUGGAUUUGGUCAAUCACCGCAGAGUCCCGCCGUUGCCAACCAGCAGUUCUCAUAUCCGCAGCCGUAUGGCGCCGCUGCUACUGCUACUGCUAAUCAGCCUUAUCAGCAGACAGCCAGUCCGGUCUACCAGAACUACUCUCCUGGAGGCCAACCGCAAUUUCCAGCGCAAUAUACUCCGCAGUCCUUCCAAGCCGGAACACCUGGCCAAGCGUUCCCGGCUUUUGGAACGACUCCUACUCCUUCCCCCUUCUCACAACAACAACCGCAACCGCAAGCACCCCAGAACAUCGCCUCCCCGCAAACUACGCCAGGAUUUACGCCACGGUCCGGUAGCCUUCCGACAGCUCCCAGCCUCCCCCAACGACCCAGUUUCGGUGCUCCGCAGGUCAAUUCCUACCAGAUGCAGCAGAUGCAUAUGGGCCACCCUGUGCCGACACCACCUGGAGCGUCCGGUGCAGAAAAGACACCAACGCCCGGAGCCGCCCCGGACGACCAAGUCGCCAAGCCCGCAGAAGCUUCGGAGGAGAAACCCACCAAGAAAGACAAGUCGAAGCAAGCCCGAUUGGUGUAUUCUGAUAACGAGAUCAGUCCGGAGGAAAAGAUGGCUGGGUUGUCAAGGUACGCAUUCGUUCCCAACCGCCAGGGAGAGACAACAGUGGAGACGGCCCCCCCGUCUACAAUCGUCGGGACUAUAAGAGAUACGGAUAACACGACGCUCGAUCCAACGGAUUAA